AUUUGAUAUUUUCAAGCACGUCAGUUGUAUCGAUUAUCAGUAUACAAUAAUUAAGAUUUAUGAAACGAUUGGAUCGAGAUCACUUAAUGAAACGAAUUUAUUAUUGAAAUCAUUUUAUGAAAUAAAGUGGAAUACAGUUGCUCAUCAACAUGGCCACCGCAACGCUGGAGUGCAAAAUUUGUUUCGCAGAGUACGACUCUGGCGACCACAAGCCGCUCUGCCUGAACUGCGGGCACACAUUUUGCUUGUAUUGCAUUCUACGUUUACCCGCUAAUUUUCACGGCAGAGUCUGCCCAAAUUGCAGGAAGCGAACAUCGCAACCAAUUGAUCAAAUGGUGGUGAAUUAUGAAUUAAUUCCAUCUGGGAGUGAGCCUCGUCAACUUUGCCUCCAUAAACAGUCAGAGACUCCGUGCCCCCAUCACCAGAAUGCGCAGGAUUACUUCUGCGUCGACUGCAUGGAGCUCUUGUGCUGCACGUGCACCAGGGAGACACACGUAGCGCACAAAAUUGAGUUGCUGGAUGACCUGCUUCAGGAGGAUGAAGCAGGUCAUCCAGCAUCCGUAGUGGACUCGUGGUCAAGAAUACGGUCCACGAUGCAGAGAAACUUUCAAAGCGUGAGUAGUUUUGUCUCCUUGUCAGAUGAUAUCUUUGGUUUGGCUAAAGAAAUCCUCAGCCUGAAGAUUGAUUUUGAGGGCUGGAAGGCCCAGAAAGUAUCGACCGAGCAAGAUCUCGAGGUCUGGGCAGAUGAGACAAGAGUGACGGACGAGAACAAGAGACAAAAAUUGAAGGGAAUGCUCAGUCAGCUUAAACUGAAAUCUGAAGAAAAUAGAAAGAUAAAAAAAAUCAAAGCGAGGUUGGAUGCAGCCAGCAUGAAAUGGGCUUCAUUAGAGUCACAAACGUGUAAGCUCAUGCCGCCCGAUGAACGCUGGAUAGUUACCAGCAGUGAUGAAGGAGAGCGAGCUCUCGCAAGCCUGGCCAACAAUAGGAAGCCCAGUCGCCUCGUGGUGCUGUCCACCCACACCCGCCCCAUCCCGGGGCUGGGGGAGCUGCUGUCCCGCCUCGCCGCCCACCACACUGGCGACAUCAGCCUGCUGCCCCUGGACUCCUUCUGGAGGCCGGCAGGACAGUCGGGUCACGGCAUGGGAGCCAUCAUCGAAAAGUUUGGGAGAAAGCUGACUACCGUGUACGGCACCCCCAUCCAAGUCAUGGCACACAGGCGAGCACAAUAUCGGACAGUUUGCGACUACAACGUUCGUUUCGACUGCUGUGCCGAUUUGAUUCGUGCUCGCAGAUUGGCACGUCGCAUUGAAAAUGUGUGCUGCGUCAGAAGCGUUCCGAGAGAAAUCGGCAAGACCUUGAAGGCCCGCGGUUGUGUGGUCACCCGCUGGCACUUCCCUGAUCUCAGAGACGAGGACGUGAACUGGAUGUCAUCCAUCCUGGCAGAGUAUUAUGACUACUAUGAUCCAGCUUUUGAGCUUGUCCUCCCGAGGGAUCGUCUCACAGACGCAGGAGCUCGUCAGCUGUUUAAGAAUAGGACCAGACUUCGGAAGCUGUACCACGAACCGAACGCUGCUCACCUAAAGUCAGCUUGCAACCCCUAUACGAAAUGCAUCGAGUUGACAACCACCAACAUUCUUCAUUGGGCAUGAAACUUUGAGCAAAGUUAGACUUACACUGGAAGAUUGAAUCAAGCGCAGCUUUAAUCUACAUUUGUGCCCAAUCGAUGCAAUGUCCAUAUUGAGCUCGAUAUACUGAAAUAUUUAGCGUCUUAGUUCUACGCCAAUUAGUUUCGUAUUAAUAAAGAAGCUGAAAGUAGGCUUAGCGACUUGUCUAUUACUUGAAAUAAUUGCGAUUUAAGGACUAUGCAUUGCCUUUGCCUUAUAAGCAGCAAUAUGGCUUUCAAUCGUACUCUUAAAGAAGCGUUUCGUUGCAUUUUGCCAAUUUAUGUUCAUGUUUCACUUAAAUAAGAAUUUACCUAUAAUUAGUAUUCGGUUUGGUGGUUCUCUAGGCACAAAAAACUUUCCGCAGAUGCCGUUUUAGGCUUAAACGCCCUUG